UGAAAAUCAUCUUCAACAAUUAUCACACACAAGAAGCUUCAUAUCUGAAAUCAGCUAGGGGAAACUAGCUGGAGAAAAGUGAAUACAAAUGAGAUAAAAAAGGCAGAAUAUUUGAAAUAAAUUAAAUGGCUAAUCAAUCUACUCCGACAGAGUUCAUUCUGAUGGGAUUCUCCGAUGAGCAGGAUGUACAGAUUUUGCAUUCCGUGAUGUUCCUCUUCAUUUACAUAACAGCCUUAGUGGGAAAUGUCCUCAUCAUCACAGCUGUGGCCCUAGACCACCACCUUCACAGCCCCAUGUACUUCUUUUUGGUUAACCUAGCAGUGAUAGAUAUUUGCCAAAUCUCUUUUACUGUUCCCAAGUCAAUAGCCGUUUCUCUGACAAAUAAUAAACUGAUUUCUUUUGCUGGAUGUGUCACACAGGUUUUCUUAAUUAUCACAUUUCUUGGUGCUGAGAUUGCAGUGCUCACUGUCAUGGCUUAUGACCGUUACGUAGCAAUCUGCCAUCCUCUACAAUAUAGGCUAAUCAUGAACUGGUAUGCAUGCAUCCAAAUGGCAGCUGUUUCCUGGAUGAGCACCGUGAUUCAUGCAGUCCUAGAAACCACUAUGACAUUUAAACUGAGCUUCUGUGGAACCAAUGUGAUUGGGCAGUUUUUCUGUAAUGUGCCGCAGUUACAGAAGAUUUCUUGCAGUGAUACAAAAGCUAAUGAAAUUGUGGCUUAUGUCAUUGGGAUCACAGUGAACUCAUUUUGUUUUGGGUUCAUCUUUGUUUCUUAUGGCUACAUCUUCUCAGUUGUGCUGAGGAUUCCAUCAGUUCAAGGCAGAUACAAAGCUUUCUCUACCUGCACUCCGCACCUGACUGUCUUUUCUUUAUUUUUGGUCACAGUUUUGUUUUCAUACCUGCGACCUAAAUCACUUUCCUCCCCCACCGUUGACUUGGUUUCUGCUGUAUUGUAUACAGUUUUGCCACCAGUUCUGAAUCCCAUCAUUUACAGCUUCAGAAACAAGGACAUACAACAUGCAGUGUGGAUAAUACCCAAAAAUUUAAAAGGUCUUAUUGCAUAAUGCAUC